UUAAGUUCAUGGUGAAGUGGCCACCACAAAACCGCGAACAUUAAACCACUGUGAAAGUUUCUGUACUUACCGUAGUCUGUUUGCACCAGGGCCAGAAAUGUCAUUUGAAUGGAAUAUUAAAGAUUUUUUCUAUCUGAUAGUUAAGGAGAAAAUGUACCCAGGGCAUCAUAUGAGCUUCUUGUCCCAUGUACACUGCAUAUUACUUAUAAUAGACCUUUUUUUAACGAGAUUGUUCAGGGCAAGGUCAUUAGACCACUUUGAGGCAAUGAACUAAGAAAUUGGAAAUAUUGUAGGGGUGGACAUUUGUUUUGAAGGCUGACAAGUUGUAAACAGGAGGAAAACUGUUGUUGUAGAGAGGGCUGACCUGGGUGUGGCGCUUAUGCAUACCUUUGUCACCCACCAUUUUAAUUUUCAUACAGUAUUUUUAUAAUAUUAUAUGAUAAUCUUUAUUGCACAGGGGUAUAAAUGCAUUGGAGACCAUACAUGGCUUAAUGAGUAUUAACCUGGAAUGCAGUCUACUAGUGGCUCGGCCUACCGUAGUUAGUGCAGGCUUUGUACGGGGCCAGUGUAGGUCUGAGCCGCUGGGAUAAUCGGCCACACCCGGUAGGAUUUUCACGCGCUUAGACUUUAGCGCAGUGGGAUAAUUAGCCGGCAAAAUUACCUGCCGCUGUGAAAACAUCUACCAGGUGUGACAGAUCACCCUGGCAGUGAAAAGACCCUCUUGUCCCGAGGGUAGCCUGGCCAAUCCACGGUAGACUAGAUUCCAGGUUAAAUGAGUAUGAGAGAAAAGAAUAACUUAGUAACCAUUAAAUAAAGCACACAAGUGAACAUGUAAUUGCACAGGUAUGUGCUGACGACAUGUGCAUCAUUUACAGCCUUAGGCGGAGACCGGUUCUGUUACUUUGGAAGGCUGCCUUCUCAAGGUUGAAAGGACAACAAAAUGGCGGCAUAUCAGCCCGAGAAGGUGACAUUUGGUGGAGUGGGAUCAGGGGAAGGCCAGUUCCUGGGUCCAUUUGGUGUUACAGUGUCAGAUGAAGGGGAGAUCUUUGUAGCAGACAGGGGGAACCUGAGAAUCCAAGUCUUCACCCUGCAGGGAAAAUUUGUCCGACACUUCCCAACAGUUGUGUCAGGUGAACAGAAGCUGAAACCACAUGAUGUGGCCACGGACAGGGAGGGGAACCUGUGGGUGGUGGGGCACACAGAGUCUGCAGAGUUUGCUGUGCAUUACAACAAACAGGGUAGGGUGCGGGGGAAGUUUGACCUGCAGAAGACAAUGUGGAGCAGAGGAGUCACCGUGGACACCAAGAGAAACCACAUCCUCAUCACACAAACCAUGGAAGAUAGGAACAACAGAUCUAGACAUGGUGAAGUUUUGGUGUUCAUGCCAGAUGGAACACUUGUGAGAACUGUGGGUCAGGGGGAGAAGAUGAAACACCCACAGUACAACACUGUGGGUGGGGAAGGGAACAUUCUUGUAUCAGACAUUGAGAAUCACUGUGUCUAUGUGUACAAUGAGGGCGGACAGUUUCUGUUCAAGUUUGGAGGUAAAGGAAGUGGUGACGGUCAGCUGAGUCAUCCCCGUGGCAUCUGUACAGACAGGGCAGGUAACAUCAUUGUGGCAGAUUGGGUUAACAGGCGCGUGGAGAUGUUCGACAAGACAGGCAGAUUCCUCAAACAUAUCACUAAAAACAUUAGGUGGCCUCAUGGUGUUGCCAUGGCAACACAUGGACAGCUGGUGGUGGCUAAUGUAACGAACCAAACAGUCUCCAUAUUUCACAACUCCUGUUGUGAGGUUCUCCAACAACAGACCACACUGUCAGGGGAGUUUCUCCCAUCUGCACCAAUCCCAGUAGCAUCUGCACCAAUCCCAGAAGCACCUGCACCAAUCCAAGCAGCACCUGCACCAAUCCCAGAAGCAUCUGCACCAGUCCAAAUGGCACCUGCAUCAAUCCCAGCAGCACCUGAAGUAAUCUUUCCACUUGGAGUUGCAGUGUCAGAUGAAGGGGAGAUCUUUGUUGCAGACUGCCAGAACAAGAGAAUCCUAGUCCUCACCCUGCAGGGAACAUUUGUGAGACAGUUUCCAACAGUCGUGGCACGUGGACUUAAGAUUGACCCACAUGGUGUGGCCAUAGAUGGGGAAGGGAACUUGUGGGUGGUGGGGCACCCGUGGGUGGUAGGGAGAGCAGAUCUUUGUGGGUUUGCUGUGCAGUACAACAAACAGGGUAAGGUGCUGAGGAAGUUUGACAUACAGAAGACAUUGGGGUUUAAAGGAUUAGCAGUUGACACCAGGAGGAACCACAUCCUCAUCACAGAAUCCAUUGGCUUGUUCAACCAACUUGGUGUUGUUUUGGUGUUCAGGCCAGAUGGGACACUUGUAAGAACUGUGGGUCAGCAGAAGGGGAUGUGGGACCCACAAUACAUCACUGUGGAUGGAGAAGGGAACAUUCUUGUGUCAGACUGUGAGAACCGCUGUAUCUAUGUGUACAACGAGGACGGAGAGUUUCUGUUCAAGUUUGGAAGUUAUGGAAGUGGUGAAGGUCAGCUGGACCGUCCCCAUGGCAUCUGUACAGACAGGGCAGGUAACAUCAUCGUGGCAGACGGGGGAAACCACCGUGUCGAGAUGUUUGACAAGAAUGGAAAAUUCCUCAAACACAUUACUGCAGGCAUGAACAACAAGCCAUGGGCUGUUGCCAUGGCAACACGGUGGAAGCUGGUGGUGACUCAUGUAGGGAACAAAUUUCUCUCUCAUUGUAUAUUAGCAUCUGGUAAUUUUGCUGCAGGGGGCUUAGGUCAUUGCCACAAUAACCAAAGGCGAGGGGGACUUUGGUUUCAUGAUCAGGGGAUCACAUUUGGUACAUGGGGAACUGGAAGAGGAGAGUUCAUGUAUCCAAGCAAUGUUACAGUGUCAGAUGAAGGGGAGAUCUUUGUAGCAGACAGGGGGAACCACAGAAUUCAAGUCUUCACCCUGCAGGGAGAAUUUGUGAGACUGUCCCCAACAGUCGUGUCAGGUAAAGGGACGAUGGACCCACAUGAUGUGGCCAUGGACGGGGAGGGGAACCUGUGGGUGGUGGGGUACACUAAGUUUGAUGAGUUUGCCAUACAGUACACAAAACAAGGCAGGAUGCUGAGGAAGUUCAACCUACUGAAGACAUGGGAAAACAGAGGAGUUGCCGUGGACACCAGGAGGAACCACAUCCUCAUCACACAAAUCACAGGAGACUGGAACAAGCCAAAUGGUGAAGUUUUGGUGUUCAGGCCAGAUGGGACAUUUGUGAGAACUGUGGGUCAGCAGCAGGGGAUGAAGGUACCAUGGAACAUCUCCGUGGAUGAAGAAGGGAACAUUCUUGUGUCAGACUGGACAACCACCGUGUCUAUGUGUACAAGGAGGAUGGAGAGUUUCUGUUCCGGUUCGGAGGCAAGGGAAGUGGUGACGGUCAGCUGAAUCAUCCCCAUGGCAUCUGUACAGACAGGGCAGGUAACAUCAUCGUGGCAGACUGGGGAAACAUGCGUGUGGAGAUGUUUGACAAGACAGGAAAAUUCCUCAAACACAUAGUUAAAAACAUGAGGUGGCCUCAUGCUGUCGCCAUAGCAACACAGGGACAGCUGGUGGUGAAUAAUGUAAAGAACCAAACAGUCUCCAUAUUUCACAACUCCUGUUGCGAGGUUCUCCAACAACAGACCAUACUGUCAGGGGAGUUUCUCCCAUCUACACCAAUCCCAGCAGUACCUGCACCAAUCUCAGCAGCACCUACACCAGUCUCAGCAGCACCUGCACCAAUCCCAGUGGCACCUGCACCAAUAUCAACAGCACCUGCACCAAUCCAAGCAGCACCUGCACCAAUAUCAACAGCACCUGCAGCAAUACAAACAGCACCUGCACCAGUCUCAGCAGCACUUGCACCAAUCCCAGCAGACCCUGUAACAAUCCCAGUGGAACCUGCACCAGUUACAGCAGCACCUGCACCAAUCCCAGUGGCACCUACACCAGUCUCAGCAGCACCUGCACCAGUCACAGCAGCACCUACACCAAUUACAGCAGCACCUGCACCAACAUCAGCAGCACCCACACCAAUCUCAGCAGCACCUGCACAAAUCUCAGCAGCACCUACACUAAUCCCAUCAGCACCUGCAUCUAGUAAUGACACAACAGGGGACAGAGCUCACCAUGGCAACCAAAGACAAGGGGAGGAUCAGCCUCAAAAGGUGACAUUUGGUGAAGGGGGAUCUGGAACAGGACAGUUUUGGUAUCCAGUUGGUGUUACAGUGUCAGAUGAAGGGGAGAUCUUUGUAGCAGACAGGGAGAACCAGAGAAUCCAAGUCUUCACCCUGCAGGGAGCAUUUGUGAGACAGUUUCCAACAGUCGUGGCAGGUGGACAGAAGAUGGAUCCACAUGACGUCGCCAUGGACGGG